AUGGUGAUAGAAUCGUUGCCCAGCGAUUCCGGACAUUACAGCAGUAACACAUGGAGAUACACUAGAGUCAGGUCUAAAAGUCAUGAGCCGGAGGGCGGCGGGCGGUGCGACGGCCCGCUAACGCGCGCGAUGCAGCCCGCUUCGCCCAAGCGGCAUGCGCCCGCACAUACACACGGCGCAGCUCCAGAUCCGACUACCCUAAAGGUCCAUCUUCCAAACGGAGGAUUCAACGUAGUCCGAGCCUCGAACGAUGAAGAUGUACGGUCAGUGCUGAGAUGUCUUGCAGCAAGACUAGCCGCGGGUGAACGUGUGUAUGCGUCGUGUUUUGCAUUGCGCGCGCGACGGUUGACUACGGGAAAGAUCAGAUGGAUUCACCAAGACACACCAGUGUCAGAGUUAUUAACGGUAUGGCCGGCCAGCGAGUGGCGAUUGGAGUUGCGGGUUCGGUACCUACCGGCUAACUUGAGAGACCUGUGUGACUCCGAUCGAGUCACCUUUCACUAUUAUUAUGAUCAGGUGAGACAUGACUACCUCAACGCAAAUCAUCCGAUGGUCGAUCAAGAUUUGGCGAUUCAGAUAUGCUGUUUGGAGAUCAAAUAUUAUUGCAAAGAUAUGCAAAUUUCGUUGGACAAGAAAUCGAAUAUUGAAUAUCUGGAGAAAGAGUUUGGUCUAAACCGAUUCCUGCCUAAGUCUGUGUUAGAUGCGAUUAAACCCAAAGUACUGAAGAAGGCUAUUCAACAGCAGUUUAAAAAGGUAGCAAAUUUGAGCGAUACAGAAUCUAUGCUGAAAUACUUGGAGACGAUGCAUACGCACUACGGGUAUGAUCGCGAGACGUUUACGGGCGCACUAGGAACCGGGUGGGCUAUACCCGUUGAGCUUGCUAUUGGACCGGAUAUAGAUAUUUCGUAUGUAUCCCACAAAGCUGGUGAACCUCCGACGUACACCAAAAUAGCGUCAUUCGGUGACAUAGUCGCCGUGCAGACACUCAAAUCUAACUGUACGCAACAGUCGCAGUCGCAGACGCAGAGCGGAAGUUCAUGUGGCAAAGCAGCUCUACAGUUGAGAGUGAAAGGUGCAAGUGAAACCUUAACUAUAACAUGCAGUAGUGUUGAUGCUGCAGAAAGCUUGGCGGACUUAGUAGAUGGCUACUGUCGUCUUGUCACAGACUCGCAGACGUCGCUGUGGAAUCGAACUACUACCGUUUGGAAACAACUCAACUGUCAAUGCAAAACGGAAAUGAGCAGCAGUUCCUCAGAAGGCAAAACCAGCUCAUGGGAAGGUAACUCCGCUACCCUCCUCUCGGAAGACUAUGCAGAAAUCGUUGAUGACGACGCCGACUAUUCUACUCCGGCUGUUCGUGACUACGAGUUGGUUCGUAAUCAAAUCGAAUUAACGGGUAUAAUCGGUGAAGGCCAAUUUGGGGAUGUCCAUAAAGGUACGUGCAAAGUAACGUCAGCAAAUCACCCAUCUUUACGUCGCCAACUCGCGCUGCAAAAGCAACAGGGGAAGAGCUCGACGGGCGAAUACGUUUUGCCCGUAGCCGUCAAGACUUGCAAGAUGGACGCUGAUCUUGAUACAGCCGAGAAGUUUCUGGAAGAAGCCUACAUAAUGCAGCAAUUUUCACACCCCCAUAUAAUCGGUCUGGUGGGGGUGUGUAGUACUCCUCCCAUUUGGAUAGUCAUGGAACUGGCUACGCUUGGGGAGAUGAGGGCCUACUUACAACAGAACUCUCAUAGGUUAGAAACGUGUACCCUCGUGCUGUACAUCUACCAGCUGUCAACUGCUCUUAGUUAUUUGGAGAGCAAGAAAUUCGUGCAUCGAGAUAUUGCUGCGAGGAAUGUUCUAGUCUCAACGCCUACUUGUGUUAAGUUAGCUGAUUUCGGCCUAUCAAAAAUGGUUGAAGACAAGUCAUACUAUAAGGCCUCCAGAGGGAAACUGCCAAUUAAAUGGAUGGCCCCCGAGUCUAUUAAUUUUAGGAGAUUCACAUCUGCUUCGGAUGUGUGGAUGUUUGGUGUGUGUAUGUGGGAGAUUUUAAUGUUGGGCGUGAAACCCUUCAGUGGAGUUAAGAACAAUGACGUCAUCGGCAAAUUGGAAAACGGUGAGAGGCUGGCGUUGCCUCCAAGAUGCCCUCCGAGGCUUUAUUCUUUAAUGUCCAGGUGUUGGACUUACGAACCUUCACAUCGGCCUACCGCUGGUCAGCUUAAGGAAACUCUGUGUGAAAUACUCCAAGAAGAGCGGAGUACGGCUUGGGACACGAUGCGACGUGAGAACAGACGCGUCGCAGCGGGUUCUUGGGGUGAACACGCACCGCCGAAGCCCUGCAGACCCACUACGGAUCUAUCUGCAGUGGCAGACGCGACAACAGGCACCGCAGGCGGACCGCAGACCUACAUCGUGGCGCAGAACCCGUUGGUGUUGGCCCAUCUGCUUCGAGAAAACCAGUCCCGGGCCAUUCACCCCCAGGCCUACAACACUCCCGCCUCGGUAUUCAACACCGUAGCAGUCGACUUCGCGCAAACUCUACCGGAGAACAUCGAAAAGAUCGCCAAUCCCAAACCCGACGAAAUCAUAGAUAUCCCUCUCCACACGGCUCCGAUCCCCGCCGACAAACUCCACAAACUCGACCCUGUCGUCCCCGAAACGGAGACCCACACCGUCGUCAUCGACGCCAAGGAGAGCUGCGACAACCUUUGCCAGAACCUCUCCCCGAAAUCCCCGAAACUCGAAGAAAAUCCCGAAUCUUACCCUAGUAGGGUCAGAUCUCUCGAACGUACUCCCCGCAAUACUCUGUCCGAGCGCGGGCCUAUUCGAAUGGGCUCGUUGGAGAGGAACGCCCGAGGCAGUCUGUCCCAUCGCGGUUCCCCGAUCCCGAUCGCCCCUUUCACUAGACAGCACUCGGUUCCGGCGUCUCCCCCGCCGAGAAGUCGUCGCGAACAAGACAUAGGCCAGUUCGCGGUUCAAGGCUCUCUAAACGCGCAAUUAGCCGCCAGCGUCGUGAAUAAGAUGCGUCAUCAGCCAGAUCCGCCUCUGGUCGAGGAGAUUUACGACUUCGGGGGCGACAAUGUGAAAAGUUGCGUCGCGGUCGCCGCCCACAAAGCGGCGUUGAAGCCCCAAUAUCGGCCGAUAAACAUGGCCGCGUCCCACCCGUCGUCGUACGGGGUUCCCGUGGGGGUCGUUCAGGGUGUUCCCUACCAGAGUCCCGCGAAACCGACUCACAAGUUUCGGUCGAACAGUCCGCAGGCGUAUCCGUCGUCGCCGCAAGGCUAUCCGAUGGGCGUGGUUCAGCCCACGUACCAGCAGACGUUCGGUCAGAACGUGGUGCAGGGUCAGCCGAUGCUGUACAGACCCCAGGUCUCGUGCGCUCAAGCCGUUCAGUCCGUAGCGGGCUUUCAGAAUCAGUCUCGUCCCCAAUUGGCGGGAGUUGAGAGUUCUCGUCAGGAAUCUUCGUCUUCUUCGGCGCAGGCGCAGAGUCCAGAAUUCGAUACGGAGCAAGCUGUGGAAAGGCGAUUGUUAGCUGAAUUAGCGAGACAACAACAUCAGAGCGAGGAGGACAGACGAUGGCUUCAAAUGCAAGAAGAUAAUUUGAAACGAUUAUCGAACGUUCAAGUCACAAGUUCGGAGGAACAAUCAAAUGACAGCAGAAUCGAGGCUUCGCGCGAGAAACCUUCUAGUCAAACACACUCAGUGACAAACUCGACCGAAACCAGUCCAGCUAAUACAGUGAACCCCAAAGAUAAACCAGCUAACGAGGAAAAGCCCCAAGCGCCAAGUACGUCGACGCCCAACAAAGAACCCGUGUACGUGGCGACCACGGAAGUGGUUCGUUGCGUCAUGCGAUUAGCGAGCACCGCGAAUAAGUCCGUGACGCCCGCUUCUAUAUUGGAAGCCGUGCGAGGCGUCGGAGCUGCUUUACGAGAAUUGUGCGCCACUGUGGAUGCUUUGGUCCCGCCUUAUCCUGUUAACGCUCAGAGAGAGGUGGAAAUGGCCCACCAAGUGCUGAGUAAGGACAUGUCAGGUCUGGUGGAAGCCAUGAGGCUCGCCAUUCACUAUCACAACACUACGCUGCAUCAUGAGUACACUAAAAGCAUGUUAGCAGCCGCCCACGUUCUCGCAAUGGAUGCGAAGAACCUUCUGGACGUCGUCGAUUGCAUUCGCGAGAGAUACCCCCACAUCGACUGGCGAGCCGCCCUCUCGGAGGCCGACCUAUCUCCCACCAUCCACAGCCCACAAAACCAAACUCUCACACAGAACAACCAAUGCCAAACGCUGAUCCCGCAAAACCCAGUUCUCAGCACCCAAUCGUCCAUUCAAGAGGACCCCAAACCGGACUUCAAAGUCAACCAGCCGGUCACGACCGUACCCACCAUACCCACAGAGCACCAGAAAGAGCAUAACUCUCUGCCCGUCACAUCCAAUCGCGUCUCGACCCUCAUACACAACUACAAUUUGUAUGGAAACGUCCGCGAACCGCACAUUUACGGCAACGAGGUCCAUUCCCAAUCGAUCGACGAUUCCAAAAUCGAUACAGCCCCGAUCGAGUCGGUCAAGAGUCGAGUCCAAGCGAUCUCUGGGAAGAUCGACUCGCCGCCGAUCUAUUCGAUUAGCAAGAAAAUGGUUCCGAUAGAACAGAAUCACGAUCAAGGUUAA